AAUUCCAGGUGCCCAACACUGAUGCUCCGGACGUUUGGUGUGUGCAGGAGCAUUCUGUGUGUUCAAGGGCAGAGCGGGCACCUCCGAACCAUGGCGGCACAGAGCAACAACGUCCGUCCCAGGGCUGGCGCGAAUUCCUCAGACGGAGCCGUGACGGCUGGGAUCAUCAUUAUCGGGGACGAGAUCCUGAAGGGAUACACCCAGGACACAAAUUCGUUCUUCAUGUGCAAGAAGCUUCGCUCGCUCGGCGUGAAGGUGGACAAGAUCUCUGUGGUCCCCGACGAGGUGGAUGCCAUCGCCGCCGAGAUCUCGUCUUUUUCCCGCAAGUUCACCUAUGUUCUGACGUCGGGUGGGAUCGGCCCCACCCACGACGAUGUCACUUUCGAGGCCGUGGCUCAGGCCUUCGGGGAGAAAGUCUUCCCCCACCCGGAGAUGGUCGGCCUGGUCGAGAAGUUCUUCGCCAAGACGGACGCCGAGUGCCCCGAGAUGAAGCUGGCCCGCGUCCCCGAAUCAUCGCUCCUCAACUACGGCGUCGACAAGAAAACAGGCCAGGCCUUCAAGUACCCCCUCAUCAGCGUCCGGAACGUCUACGUCUUCCCGGGCAUUCCAGCGUUGAUGGAGCGAGCCCUCGAGGGUCUCUGCCAUCUCUUCCGCAACGAGCAAGCCCGCUUCCAUUCCCGGGAGAUCUACGUGGACGCGGACGAGACCCGUAUCGCCCCCGUACUCGACCGGGCCUACGGCCUCUUCAGACGCCGCACGAGCCUGGGCUCCUACCCAGAUUGGGUCAGCAACUACUUCCGGGUCAAGCUCACCUUGGACUCGGAGUCAGAGAGUCACCUAGAGGAGGCCUAUGCGUUCCUCAUGGAGAACCUGCCGAAGGGCUCCGUGGUGCCUUUCAUCGCAGACCCUGUCUCUCGGGCAGCCAUCGAUGUGUACGCACUUGCCGAGUCAGGUUCUCCACUUGGCCAGAAGGUGGCAGCGGCGGUCCAGACCAUCGUGGAAGCCCUGGAUCGGUAUCCCCUGUCGAAACUUUGCAUCGGGUUCAACGGCGGGAAGGACUGCACAGCCUUGUUACACCUCUUCCAUGCCGCUGUCCAGAGGCGGUACCCGGAAAGGACGGAGAAGCUGCAGGCUCUGUAUAUAUGUACCAUCUCCCCAUUUCCCGAGGUGGAGCAGUUCAUCGGAGUCACGGCCGAGCGGUAUAACCUCCGUGUCUGCGAGGUCCAUGGAAACAUCAAGCAGGCCCUGGCUGACCUGAAGCUGCAGCAGCCGGAGCUGGAGGCCGUGCUGAUGGGCACCCGGCGGACCGACCCUUACUCCUGCACUUUGACGCCCUUCCACAUGACCGACCCCGACUGGCCCCCAUAUAUGCGUGUCAACCCUCUCCUGGAUUGGACAUACCGGGAUAUCUGGAAGUUCUUACGCGACCUGCAUCUCCCCUACUGCAUCCUUUAUGAUAAGGGCUACACUUCGCUGGGCAGUAUGAACAACACGCGGAAGAACCCGGCCCUGCGCUACACAGACGCCCGGGGACGGGAAUGCUACCGGCCGGCCUACGAGCUGGAGAACGAAGAGGACGAACGCACCUCCCGCCAUUGA